AUGCCUGAAGUACUUUUUAACAAUGCACAAAUUGAAAUACUCAAUACACAUUUGGAAGAGUUCUGGGGUGCAAGUUCUCUACAACAGAGACGUGUACUUGAUGAUGCCUGGAAUAAAGUCAGAGAAAAUUUGGGGGAACAUGUAAUAACCAACAUCAAGGAAUUAACAGACAUAAAAGAGCAGAUCAGGUAUGGGUUGUACAGCCAUAGUGGUAACAAAGAGCCCGGGAACAAGGUUGUCGGGCAUAGAAAGUAUGUAGGUCUGAACCAAGUGCUCAACACUGUGAAGAAGAAGGAGCUGAAAAAGAGGAUGUGGGACCUUUAUAGAUUACUUAAGGUACCCAGAGCUGCUGAAAUGAAGGGUAGAAAAGUAGUGAAGAACUUUCAGAUGCAAGCAAGCCGGGAUCUGGGAAUGUUAAGUUUUGUGCUCAGCGCUGAUAGAGAUACAAAUGGAGCCAUUUGCAUGUCCUUCCAUGAGCAAAAUGACAAAGCCACGUUUGAGCUUUUUAGCAAGGUACAACCCAACUGGCAAAAUAUAAAGAUAUGGGAGGCUUGGGGCAAGUAUGCAUAA